AUGGCUGCGCGUAGAGCCGCGAAUUCGACCAUCGGCGCGCACCUUCGCUCCUCCUUCAUCCGCCUCUCACGCACCUUCAACCCACCAUGCGUUGCUGACGUGUCACCACAUUGUCCAUCAUCCGCGAUCCCGUCAACCGCCAAUUUUUCGCAACGCACGGCGGGUCGCAUUCAAUCCCCACCGCUGUCGUCGGCGGCUCCGAUCUCUGAUCGGAUCCGGAACUUCUCCAUUGUCGCCCACGUGGACCACGGGAAAUCCACGCUGGCAGACCGCCUGCUGGAGCUGACAGGCACGCUCACGCCCAGCGACACCAAGGGGCAGGCGCGCCCACAGUACCUGGACAAGCUGCAGGUGGAGAGGGAGCGAGGCAUCACAGUGAAGGCACAGACCGCCACCAUGCUCUUUGACUUCCACCCAUCGGCACCUACUGGAGGAGACCAGUCUGGUCCCGGUCCUCCUCCCGGGCGCUACCUGCUGAAUCUGAUUGACACGCCCGGCCACGUGGACUUCAGCUACGAGGUGUCUCGCUCGCUGGCCGCCACGCAGGGCGUGCUGCUGGUGGUGGACGCGCAGCAGGGCAUCCAGGCACAGACCGUCGCGAACUUCUUUCUCGCUUUGGAAGGAGACUUGGCCAUCGUACCCGUUGUGAACAAGAUUGACAGGCCCGAUGCCGAUCCCCAAGCUGUUGCUGCCCAAAUCGCCUCCACCUUCGACCUGCCCCUCACCUCCUGCCUCUUCACCUCGGCCCGCACGGGAGCCGGCCUGCCCUCUCUCCUCUCCGCCAUCGUGCGCCAGAUACCACCUCCCCCAGGCGACCCUGCCGCGCCGCUGCGCGCGCUGCUAUUGGACGCGCACUUUGACGAGUACAGGGGCGUGGUGUGUCACGUGGCAGUGGUUGAUGGGGCAAUCAGGGAGGGGGAGAAGGUGGCGGUGGCAGGCAUGGGGAUGAGCUACGACGUGGGGGAGGUGGGGGUGAUGUACCCUGAGGCAACGCCCACAGGCUGUUUGCUUACUGGGCAGCGCCUGGUGCCUAUGUCGACUACUACCACUUCUCCUCCCACGACACCGUCAGUUAACACCGUUGGCAGCUCGCAGACUCUUCUAACCGAGGCACGGGAGUAUCUCCCCGACGUCGACCAUGUCGUCUUCAAGCAUUUCCGCAUCGUCAAGCGGGUCGAGGGUAAAGCCCAGCAGUACGAGUGCAAGUUCUGCAGCAACCUCUACACCGGUGCUGCCAUCCGAUGCGCGCAACACUUCGCGUCGUGGAAGGGCAUGAAAUGCCGUGAAGUGGUGCUGUGCAAGGAUGCGCCGCAAGAUGUGCGUCGGGCCAUGAAAGCGCAUUACGAGGCAAAGACUGCUGCGGCCGACGAAAGGAGGCGGGCCGCUGCUGCCGCGGUUGCCGCAGUGACGGCUGACGGUGGGAAGCGCGCGCGAAUCACCGAUUACCUCGAGGGGGAUACGGCUGCACGAAAGCGAGAAGCGGACGAGUCACUUGCGCUUGCUUGGGCCGCCCUCCACAUCCCCGAGCGCCACAUUGACCAUCCUCUGAUGGUCAACGCAUUGAACAACGUCUCCCGCGCCGGGAAAGACUACGUCCCCCCCAAGCGGAAAUACGUCGGCGGUGCUGGCCUUGUAGCGUGUCGCAACGGCAUCGAGGCGGGUUUGGUGGGCGUCAAAACGAGCUGGAAGCGGACGGGCGUGACGGUGUCGUCCGACAUGAUGACGGACCGCAGGGGCAGGCCGCAGGCCAACAUUCUUCUCGUCAAUGAUUCGGGCGCCGUCUUCUACGACUGUGUUGACUGCAACAUGGAGAAGAAAACGGGUGGUUACGUGGCGGGGAUUCUCAGGCCCGUGGUGGAGGAAGUGGGGCCAGAGAACGUUGUGGCGUUCUGCAUGGAUGGGGGAUCGAACUACGCGGUGGCGGUGAAGCGACUGAUUCAGGAGUGGCCGCACAUUCAAGACGUGCCGUGCGCCACCCAUGUGAUGGAUCUUCUCCUGGAAGACGUGGGGAAGAUGGGGUGGGCUAAGCCGGUGGUCGACAAGGGAGGGGAGAUUAGCAGCUUCGUCCGCAACCACCAUUGGACCCGCGGGUACCUGCGCACGCCGGAAUUGGUGGAGGGGAAGGUUCUGGAAGCGCUGAAGCCGGCUGGAACGAGGUUCGGGACGAACUACAUCUCCAUCUCCCGGCUGUGUGCGAUGCGCGGCAGCCUCACCAACAUGGUGACGAGCGAGGGGUGGAAGGAGUGGGCGGUAGGGGACCGGAAGAAAUCAUGCGACGCGUUUGCUGCGCUGAUCCAUGAUGCCGCCUGGUGGAAGACGGCCGACUUCUUCACUGCCCUCCUGAAGCUGCCCUAUAAGGCGAUGAGGCAGACGGACGGGCAUGCCGUGGGGAUGAUGGGGAGGAUAUACGAUGUUAUGCUUCAGUUGACUGAGGACGUGGGGGACUUACUCGAUGCGGACGAGGAGCAGCUGAGCAACGCGGAUAAGGACCAGAUCCGCAAGAUCCUCAGAGACCGCUGGGACGGCAGCCUCGCAUGCGCCAUGCAUGUCGCUGGCCGCAUCCUCAACCCCGCCAAUCAGGAGGAAGAUAUCUUCGGCACUGAUCUCGAGUGCACGAAGGUCUUCAAGGUGUUCAUCAGCCAGUACGCCGAGUUCCUUGCGAGCCGCGGGGAUGGGGGGGAUGACGCUUGCAGCAUCUUGCUUGAGCUGGGGGACGGGCUGAGGGCGUUUCUUGACAUGAAGGGUUCUUUUGGGAUGCCGGAAGCCGUGGCACAAAGGAAGCUGGUGAAAGAGGGGAAGUAUAGCAUGGUGAAGUGGUGGCAGUGGAAUGGGACCGAUGCUCCACGUGUGGCGGGGCUCGCGGUGGGGUAUGUGAUGCUGGGCAUGUGGACAACGCAAGAAGCAAGGGUAGGUGGGGUAUGUGAUGCUGGGCAUGCGCACGACUCGAGAAGCAAGGGUGGGAUACGUGAUGCUGGGCAUGCGAACAACAAGGGAAGCAAGGGUAGGCGACACCAUUCACCACCACAAGGCGCAGGUCUCGCCCCUGCCGGGCUUCAGGGCGGCACAGCACAUGGUGUCUCCUCCCACCCAUCACCACCCAUGUCCCCCUCCCACAUUUGGCAGGUGGGGUAUGUGAUGCUGGGUAUGCGCACGACUCGAGAAGCAAGGGUAGGCGACACCAUUCACCACCAUAAAUCCCAAGUGUCGCCCCUACCGGGCUUCAGGGCGGCGCAGCACAUGGUGUUUGCGGGGGUGUUCCCGGCCGAUGGGUCUGACUUUGAGGCGCUGGCCAAGGCGGUGGACAAGCUGGUGUGCAACGAUGCCAGCGUGGCCGUGACAAGAUACAGCAGUGCUGCACUGGGGGCUGGAUUCAGCGAAAAGGCGCUGGCUAAGGCGGUGAACAAGCUGGUGUGCAGCGAUGCCAGCGUGGCCGUGACAAGAUACAGCAGCGCUGCCCUGGGCGCGGGAUUCAGGUGCGGCUUCCUGGGUUUGCUCCACAUGGACGUGUUUCACCAGCGCCUGCAGCAGGAGUUUGGAGCCGAGGUCAUCUCAACCGCUCCCUCCGUGCCUGCCAUCUUUGAAUACGCUGACGGCACUCGCAUAGAAGCCCAGGGUCCAUCCGACAUCCCAUCUGUCCCGAAGCAGCGAGUGCUUCGCUGCACCGAGCCCUUCGUGCUCGCUACCAUCGUGACUCCCUCCAAGUACGUGGGACCUAUCAUGGACCUCUGUGCGAGCAGGAGGGGCGAGCAGAAAGAGUACUCGUUUAUUGAUGGCGACCGGGCCAUGCUGCGCUAUGACAUGCCGGUGAGGGAGGUGGUGAUGGAUUUCUACAGCCACCUCAAGAGCAUCUCGUCAGGGUUCGCGACGUUUGACUACGAAGAUGCCGGCAUGAGGGAGGCGGAUCUGGUGAAGGUGGAUGUGCUGCUGAAUGGCAAGCCAGUGGAUGCGCUGGCAGCCAUCGCCCACAGAGAUGCGGCGCAGCGCAUGGGCAGGAAGCUGGUGGAGCGCCUCAAAGGGGUGCUCGACAGGCAAAUGUUUGAGGUGGUUAUCCAGGCUGCUAUUGGCGCUAAAGUGAUCGCAAGUGAAAAGCUUUCAGCUAUGCGUAAAAACGUGCUUGCUAAGUGUUACGGCGGGGAUGUUUCGCGCAAGCGGAAGCUGUUGGAGAAGCAGAAGGAAGGGAAGAAGCGAAUGAAACGAGUUGAUCGGAUCGGAGCGGUCAUGGGAUCGCCGUCGGUGAUGGAUGAGGUGCGGAAGGUGAUGGCGAUGGUGACGGAGGGCAACGAGCAGCUGCAGCAGGCGCAGGAGCAGGCCUCCGCCGCCAUUCGCGAGACCACCGCGGCCGCGCGGCAGCAAAUGGCGGUCAUGGAAGCUGCAGCGUCGGAGCAGCUGCUGGAAGCGAAGGCGUCCCUUGAGGUGGCUCGUGAGGUGUACACACAAUACGAGGACGUUUUCUUCCACCACCUCAAGAUGGGGGUUUAUCUGGCCUCGGAGCAUCGCGUUGCCUCGUCUACAGCGCUGCUCUCUGCCCUCGCUUUUAUCCUUCCAGGGCCACGCAAGAUGCUGUAUAGGGCAACAUUUGGCCGGUUCCAAACUCCAGAGGUGCUGGUGGAGUCAGCAGAGCGCAAGCUAGAGGGCUUGAAGCAGUCGGUGGAAGUCUUUAAGAACGACACCAAGAAGCUGCAGGAACGGGCUCAAAUGGCCGAGUCAGAGUUCCUGUCAGGCCGAGACAAGCUGAAGGCUGCAGGGGCUGAGAUGCAAAGGCUGGCAGGGACGGUACGAGCAGCAGAGAAGAAGUCACUGGGGCUUCGUGAGCUACUAAAAGACCUGCCUGCAAGAGACAGCGUUCGGCUGCGAUCAGAGCUGGCCAUGGCAACCCGAGAGGCUCAACGUCAAUUGCAUGCCAUUAACAAGACAACUGUGCAUAUGGCUCGUCUCGGCAUCCCUAUCUAG